GGGAAUGCUGCGUUGGCUGCGGCGGCGGCGCCGGAGCCGCUCGGGGCCCGGGGUGGCCCCGGUGACGGAGAAGCUGAAGGAGCUCUACAGGGAGAAGCUGCUGCCCGUGGAGAAGUUCUACCGCUUCCAGGAAUUCCAGUCGGCGCCGCUGGAGGAGGCGGAUUUCGACGGGAAGCCGAUGGUGCUGGUCAUGGGCCAGUAUUCCAGCGGGAAAACCACCUUCAUCCAGUACCUGCUGGAGCAGGAGAUCCCCGGAGCCCGCGUGGGCCCCGAGCCCACCACCGACUCCUUCGUGGCCGUGAUGCACGGGGACACCCCCGAGCUCAUCCCCGGCAACGCCCUCGUCGUCGACCCCAAAAAACCCUUCCGGAAGCUCAGCCCCUUCGGCAACGGGUUCCUCAACAGGUUCGUGUGCGCCCAAAUUCCCAACCAGGUCCUGGAGAGCAUCACCCUGAUCGACACCCCCGGGAUCAUGGCCGGGGCCCAGCACCGCGUCUGCAGGGGUAAGGGGGGGCCCCAAAAUCCAGGGGGG